AAAACCAGAUAACCAAAAACGGGAAACAAACACCCCCAAAAUAAGUAAAGCAACCCCGUUUUCAACUCCGUUCCUAUCCCCCUUUAAUAAACAACUCAUCCAACCUAUACAUACAACCUCCCAACCUAUACAUACAACCUCUGCCGCACGAAUAUUGAGGCCGUUAUUCGGCCGCCGUGAAUGGGGCAGUCCACUUCGACUCCCUCACGGCCGAUCUCCGACUCUCUCUCCCCUCUCUCCCCUUCAAUCUCGCCGAGAUUUCUUAAAGAUCGUGUUUUUAUGGAUUCUACCGCCGCUUGCGAUCGCGAUCGCGAUGUCGGAUUUGAUUAUACGUCCUGCAUACCUGAUGAGUGUUUGGCGUGUGUGUUUCAGUUGCUCGGAUCCGGCGAUCGGAAAAGAUGCUCGCUCGUGUGUCGCCGGUGGCUGAGAGUCGAGGGACAGAGCCGGUAUCGUUUGUCGUUGAACGCGAGUAGUGAGAUUAGCGGCGCGAUUGAGAGGAUUUUUGAUCGGUUCGAUUCGGUGACGAAGCUGGCGUUGAAGUGUGAGCGGAGAUCUGAGAGUAUCGGAGAUGAGGCGCUGGUGUUGGUUUCGGAGAAAUGUCGAAAACUCACGCGGUUGAAGAUUCGUGCAUGUAAGGAGUUGAGUGGGGUAGGGAUGAGUGCAUUGGCGAGGAAUUGCAGGAAUUUGAGGAAGUUUUCGUGCGGUUCAUGUACAUUUGGGGCCAAAGGGAUGAAUGCGUUGCUUGAUAAUUGCCCUACGUUGGAGGAAUUGUCGGUUAAGAGGCUUAGGUGUAAUCCUGAUGGAGCGGCGUUGGAGCCGAUUGGUCCUGGAUUGGCUGGUGGUUCUCUUAAGACGAUUUGCUUGAAGGAGCUUUACUCGGGGCAGUGUUUUGGUCCGUUAAUUAUGGGAGCAAAGAAUUUGAAGACGUUGAAGCUUAAUAGGUGCUCGGGGGACUGGGAUAAGCUUUUGGAGGAGAUUACAAGCCGUGUAACAAGUUUAGUUGAAGUACAUCUGGAGAGGAUUCAGGUUAGUGAUGCUGGAGUAGCAGCUUUGGCGAGUUGCGUGAAUAUCGAGAUAUUGCAUCUUGUUAAGACUCCCGAGUGUACGAAUUUAGGGUUAAUGGCUGUGGCGGAGGGUUGUAAGCUUAUUCGGAAACUGCAUAUUGAUGGAUGGAAGACGAAUAGGAUUAGUGAUGAAGGUCUUAUUGCUGUUGCUAGACAUUGUCCUAACUUGCUUGAGCUUGUUCUUAUCGGUGUGAAUCCUACGUGUGUGAGUAUUGAGCGGUUGGCUACGAAUUGUCAGAGUUUAGAACGGUUGGCAUUGUGCGGAAGUGAGACUGUUGGAGAUGCAGAGAUUUCGUGCAUUGCUGCAAAAUGUGUUGCUUUGAAGAAGCUAUGUAUUAAAAGUUGUCCCGUUUCUGAUCAUGGUAUGGAAGCUCUUGCAGGGGGUUGUCCCAAUUUGGUUAAAGUCAAGGUUAAGAAAUGUAGAGCCGUGACUUCUGAGGGUGCUGAUUGGUUGAGGUUAAAUAGGGCUUCUGUGGCUGUUAACUUGGAUACUCCUGAGCCUGAGAACCAGGAAGUUGUUGCUGGUGAUGGUGCUCAGGAAGUUAAUGCUGCUCAAAAUCUACCAGGAACUGCCCAAGACACAGGUACGAAUGUUGCGUCAAGCAGUAGUGGUCGACCUAGGUCUGUUCGGUCAGCAUCAUUUAAGGCUCGGUUACGCCUUACUGCAGGGAGAAGUUUAGUUGGUACUCUAAGAAGAUGGUCUAGCUUCAGUGGCAGCACCUCAGGAAGUAGCCAGAGGAGAACCUGAAUGGAUAUAUAAAAGAAAUUUACAAAGGCUCUGGUCUUUCUCACAUUAUAAUCCAUAGUUUGCUUUUCAUUAUCCUUUGUAAUUGACUUCUGUAGCUGUUUACUCCUCUAAAGUUUAAAAUUUGCAAUCUGCAA